AUGGAUCCGGGAAAGCAAUUUGGCAGCGCCCUGCCAUGGGCUGAGCCAGCUUGGUACUCCGGGCGUCCCUCACCAUAUUACAACCAAUCUCAUUUCAGACUGCGCGAUGCAGUGCGCAAAUGGACGGAGGAGAACGUCGUUGAUAAAACGGACGAAUGGCGAGAAGCCGGCAAGGUGCCGGAUGAAGUGUAUCUGAAGUGCGCACACGACGGACUCCUGCUCCCAAUUGCCUUUGGCAAGUCCAUACCGGAGGAAUUUGCACAUUACCCCAUCAUCGGUGGCAUCAAGGCCAGUGAGUGGAAUGGGUUCCACGACCUUGUGUUGUGGGAUGAGUUGUACCGUGGCGGGGCCAUUUCCAGUAUCUUCGUGGGGUUGACUGUGGGAGCACCACCUAUUAGGCAAUUCGCGUCGCCGUGGUUGCAGAAGAAGAUUUUGCCGGAGAUCCUGAGCGGGGAGAAGAGAAUCUGCCUUGCUGUUACGGAGCCGUCUUGCGGAUCCGAUGUUAGGAACUUGACCACGACGGCUGAGAAAUCUGCGUGCGGGAAGUAUUAUAUUGUCAAUGGAGAGAAGAAGAUAAGUUUUUUCUGA